AUGCCCUUUUCCUUAUCGUCAGUCCGCGGCGUCGUAUUAAGUAGAGCUAGAAGUGGUGCUACACAUACUACAUCAGGCGAAGACUUAAUCAUCUCUGCGGGUGACGAGCAGAAGAUUGCUGCAAUCUUAGUAGCUGUGGAUAUGGUUAUGGAUCGCUGCGAGCAAACGGCCCGGACCAUAAGCCGAAACCUUCUCUGUUGGCUACGUAGCGUACGGCCUUAUGGAUGCUACGCUAAGCCCUUUACCUUUGUCAGCAAGGCGGCUAGUAGAACAAAGUAUAUCUGGCUCCUUAAGCGCUUUAUAGCUAUGGUAUUCCACGCUUUUUGCUUACCUACUGAUAUUUAUCGGCGCUGUGCUAGUAUUCGGUUUAAGAGAUCACAGAUUAAGGCGAUCGCAGCCAUAUGGAAUCACUGUAUCUGGGAUCAGCAUGGCGCUACAACGUUGAAUUUCUGGAAAUCGGCCAGGGCGCAUGCUAUAGCUAAGUAUCAAGCGAGCUGGGAUGAAAGAGCAGAGAAUAGCGAAGAGUCUAUGACUGAAGAUUCUAACAAUAUUGACAGUAUCUCAGAAACCGACGAAUCUGCAAAUGGGGAUGAGGAUCAUAAAUGUGAUAGUGAUGAGGAGGACCGAGAGGAAGCCAAAACAGCGGCUAACUUGAGUAACGAAAAUCCAGACUUGGCUGAAAUGCUGGAGCGGCUGUUUGGACUUGUAAUAGCAUUCAGUACGGAGGAAGUGGUGGAUGGGCGACCAGCUUCAACCUUGCUAGUGUACUUCAGUGGAAUCCUCGGUUUUACAACCGAUUCCACCGGUUUUCUCCCAGCGAGGUCAUACACAUCAAACCUCGCCGCACUCAUCUUCACUCAGCGCCUCCUCUUCCUCGAAUAUGCCCUCCCUGCAAGAGCAUACAUAUCGCUUGGCAUCACGCAGCGACCCCAAACGGAUCAAGUUGCGCGGCUCCAGGACGUCCGCCAGAAGUACACAGUGCUCGGUUCACAAUCUCCAUUUGAGGAGCUUUUUUCCCUCCUGGCCUAUGGCAAGGCUAUUGCAAGCUCUGAGACGCCUCCAUUCCUUCUAAGAUGGAGUGAUGACGGCGUGUUAAGUCAAUCGAGAGUAUCUGUGGCUCUCAUAGAGCUGGCAUGA